UGUGAUAUGGAGACUGAUGGUGGUGGAUGGACUGUAUUUCAGAGGAGACAAGAUGGAUCUGUUGAUUUCUAUAGAUACUGGACUGACUAUGAGAAUGGAUUUGGUAACCUUACUGGUGAGUUUUGGUUAGGAUUGAGCAAGAUUCAUCGUCUUACUAAAGAAGGAUCAAACACACUAAGAGUGGACCUGGGAGACUUUGAGGGGAACACAGCUUAUGCUAACUACUCUACAUUCAGUGUUAGUGAUGGUAGUAUUGAAUAUAUACUAACAGUAGGAGGAUACUCUGGUACUGCUGGGGAUAGUCUGGCCAAUCAUAAUGGACUGAGAUUCAGUACAAGAGAUAAUGAUAAUGAUCCAUGGUCAGGAGGUCACUGUGCUCAGCAGUACACUGGUGCCUGGUGGUAUAAUAGCUGCCAUUAUUCAAAUCUUAAUGACUGUAAGGAUUGGUAUAACAAUGGUAGCACUACCAGUGGUCUGUAUAAUAUUAAUCCUGAUGGAGGGACUCCUUUUACAGUAUACUGUGAUAUAGAGACUUAUGGUGGCGGAUGGACUGUAUUUCAGAGGAGACAAGAUGGAUCUGUUGAUUUCUAUAGAUACUGGACUGACUAUGAGAAUGGAUUUGGUGACCUUACUGGUGAGUUUUGGUUAGGAUUGAGCAAGAUUCAUCGUCUUACUAAAGAAGGAUCAAACACACUAAGAGUGGACCUGGGAGACUUUGAGGGGAACACAAGUUAUGCUAACUACUCUACAUUUAAUGUUAGUGAUGGUAGUACUGAAUAUAUACUAACAGUAGGAGGAUACUCUGGUACUGCUACGGAUAGUCUGGCCUGGUAUCAUAGUGGAAGGAGAUUCACUACAAGAGAUAAUGAUAAUGAUCUACGGUCAGGAACUAACUGUGCUCAGUCCUUUACUGGUGCCUGGUGGUAUAAUAACUGCUAUUAUUCAAGCCUUAAUGGUCGUUAUUUUAAUACUUCAACUAGUAAUGUUCAAGGAAUUGUUUGCUAUUGUGAAAUAGCAACACAGCCAACGCUGUGA